UACAAUGGCUGACCACGACGAGUUAAUUGCACAAUUCAUCGAAAUUAGCGGCGGAGAUGAAAAUGUAGCCAGAUUCUAUCUAUCCAGCAGUAAUUGGUCUUUGGAGGAUGCAUUGUCUCACUUUUUGGGCAAUCAAGGUGAUGGGGAUGGCGAUAAUAAUUCAGACAGUGCCAGUGGCCAAGCUGAUGAAGCUCCAGCCACGGGUACGUCGGACGCCAAGUCUGGCUCCUCAUCAGGCGGUGGUUCGUUUGGAAGGCAAAGUGCCAAACCAAGAUUUGCUACUUUAGGCGAUAUGUCGAAACGUUCUGGAGGCAAUCAAGACGAUGAAGAAGGUCAGGCAUUUUAUGCCGGUGGUUCAGACCGAUCAGGCCAACAAGUGCUCGGUCCCCCAAAACGUAAAAAUUUCAGAGAACAAUUAACCGACAUGUUCCGAAUGGCCCAAGAGAGUAGUGCCAAUGUGGAAAAUUCGCCGGCACCAAGCACUUCGUCUGGUGCCAGUUGGGGUCAAGGCAUACGAUUGGGCAUGACGGACAACGAUCAUUCAGUUGUGACACCAGCUAACAAAGAUGGUGAACAAAAAACUAAGCCUGUUGUUGUGCUAAAAUUGUGGAGUCAGGGCUUUUCCAUUGACGAUGGAGAGCUACGUUUGUAUGAUGAUCCCCAAAACAAGGAAUUCCUAGAAACCGUCAUGAGAGGCGAAAUACCAAAUGAACUCUUGGAAAUGGGUUGGAUGGUAAACGUCGAUGUUGAAGAUCAUAGGCAUGAAGAUUACAAAAAGAAGCCUACCACAGUUAAAACAUUCAAGGGAGCUGGUCAUUCCUUGGGAAGCCCAACACCAAAUGUAACCGCUGAAGAUGCUCCUACAGCCACAACAACAGCAUCUACUUCAGAUGCAAAGUCAAAUGACGAGGCAGCCAAAGAGAAACUGAAGUUGGAUAAUUCGGCUCCGGUUACAACAAUUCAAGUACGACUAGCAGAUGGUACUCGUUUAGCAGGCCAGUUCAACUUAACGCAUACCGUGGGUAACAUACAGGAGUACAUACAGACAGCUCGUCCACAAUAUGCCGAUCGUAACUUUAUAUUGGUUUCUUCAUUCCCCACAAGAGAACUUACCGACCUGACUGCUACUAUCGAUUCAGCUGGUUUGAAAAAUGCAUCAUUAAUGCAAAGGCUAAAGUGAGGUGGCUGUU